UGUCUAUGGUUGUUGCCAUGGAAAAUAAGGUGAAUACUUGCCUCAUCCGCGCACUAACCACACCCCCAAAUUUGUUAUGUUUCAAACUGCCUGUUAGCCCAGUUUGUUUUUUGGGCCGACAGAGACUGCGUCUUUUAACAGUGUGUUCCGGGGAAAGGUACAGGUGUAACAUUGUCGGUAGGGUGUGGCCGUAUGAUGGACAACAGACAACUCUCCUGCCUGCCUGAUGAAUACAGCGAUGUGAACCACAGAUGAAACAAGUUGACGAAAGCAUUUAUGGCAAGUAUUCCAGACCCACAUGUAUUUGAUGAAUGAGGUUCUUCUUGUUCUGCCCAUAUUUCAGGACUUGAAGAAGACUUCAAGGGUCUUCUACUUUCAGUUUUGGCCUGACUACGCCUGCUCAGCAACGUGCACGACUGCUUCAACAAAAGCAUCCACAGCAGUCGUAGGAAAUGGCAUUGACGUCGACAAAUGGGACUAUUUUGCUAGGGAUUGCCAUCAUCUGGGAUUUUUUUUCUGUCUAGGGCAAAAACCUCUAUAUGAAUGAAUGUGUUUGUGCAGUGCAACACAACACAAUGGCCACACACCAGGGUGUGGACACUUCCAUGCUCCGUAGCGCCAUCUGACGUCACUGCAACAUCGAUCACCUAUGCUCAACGCUGUGUUCAAUGGUAACGGACCGUCAGUGUGUUUUUUCCUGUAAAACCUGAAGGCAGACUACAGAAAAGCCAGUUGGCCAGGUAAAGCAGUCUAAAAGACCAUGCAGGUUCUGGAGCUUUCUGAGGGACCUUUUUGGGCUAAUGAAGCAGAUGAUGGUGAGAUGGAUAGCGGCGUGGAUUUAAGUCUUGAUGAAAAUGGCAUUUUAUGGCUAGAGCCACUCUCAAAUGUCAGUCAUAUAACUGCAUUCACAGGACUUUCAGAGGAACACAGUGACGGCGUGCCCUCGGAGACCGUCUCAGCCUAACGCACCGGGUGUAGGACAGACGUGCUGUCUGGCCACACAACCAGGACAAGUCCUGGCCCACGGACCUGACGGACCUCAGCAAAACUGCCAUGCUUUAGCUCAGCCAGCCACACAGCAGAAAGAGGAGGCGCACCAGCCCAUGUGCUUAAAGCACUACUGGUCCCAGGAGAUAGCAGAGCUUCCUCGACCCAUCCAGCAUCCAGGUGAGUCUUUAGAAAUGAAACAAUUCAUUCUAACACAAUGUCUGGUUUUCAGUGAGUCGGAGAAGAGAGUGACUGAUAAGAAGCCAACAGGAAAGGUGUCUCCUCCGACAGGAAGUCCCACUCCAGAGCUCCGCCCUCAUCAGUGCAACACAACACAAUGGCCAGACACCUGGGUGUGGACACUUCCAUGCUCCGUAGAGCCAUCUGGAACUAUAUUCAGGGCAAGUUUGGGAUUCGGUCCAAGGCCAGGUGAAUCAUUAAAAAAAAGAAACACACUUCCACUUGUAUGUACGGAAUACGAUACGAUGACUACGGCUACAGCAGUGGGCGGUUUAACAUACGCUUCUGGCAUGUGUGCGCUGAGAUGCUGGACCAGAGGAGGACAGACAUGCUGUACGGACAUGCUGUCUCUCCACUACUCACAGUUUGCAUUCAUGCUGUCAAUGUACCAGACCAGGCAAUCUGAACAAGUUGGUCUGAAAACGGUGUAUCCGGAGUGUAAAAGGGAUCGACAAGUAUAUGGACAAAUCCACAACAAUGUUAGCCAUGCCCAGUAAAUCUGCAUUCAUGCUGUCAACAUACCAGACUGGCCCUGUGGCGAUUGUAAAUCAGAACAAAAUGUUCCUGCUACACGGAUUAGUCCACUUGACUAUUUCAGGGAAUGCCAUUUUAACCACAAAAUAAUAUUAAUCGUCUUUACUCCACUCCUCCCUGUAUUUCCUCAGCUCUUUUACUUCCUUCUGUAACUGAGUUUUCUCCUGCUCCAAGCUGUCCAACUUACUCAUCAGUUAAUUGCAUUCUGUGUUGCGCUUGUCCAGCUCCCUUAGAAGAAAGUCUACUUGAAGAGCCAUUUCAUCAUCUACAUUUUCAAAAUCAUUUGUUGUUGAUUUGUGUGUGUGAUUAUUUCUGCAGUGUUACAGUCCUAAAGUACAUUUAUGUUGAUGCAGACGGCCCCUAUUUGUCAGAAGGGAGUUGGUGAAGUCGAUGGUCGAUCAGUAGCUGUGGUUGUGGCCCCCACGCACCAUCCAGUUUAAAGUUCUGAUACUGACGCCACUUUGUAACAUCGACCAUCUGUGCUCAACCCUAUGCUUGAUGGUGACGGGUCGUCACUGUGUUUUUUUUAUGAAGGUCUGUCGGAAAGGGCGUUUUGAGAUGCUUAAAGGGUAAACUAAUUCCUAUGAUCCAGGAAAGCCGUUCGCCCAGGGAAACUAGGUAUGAUUUUGGACAAAGCAUUUAUGUGGCUCUUUGCAUCAACUCCAGUUGCCCAGAGCCACAGAAGAAAGAGGAGGCGCACAAGUCCAUGUGGUGAAAGCGCUACUGGUCUCAGUAGAGAGCAGUGACCCGUCCUGCACCACCAUGUAAACAGUGGACCAGGUGAGUCAUCAAAAAUGCAACAAUUCCAUUUGUAUGUACAGGAUAAGAUAUGAUCACAAUGGCUACAGUGAAAAAAAUCAACAUAAUCGUAAAAGAUGGGCCGGCCUUUAAACUAAUGUGCCACAGCAUGAGACCUUUCAGCGCCAAUGUGAUCAUGUCUGAUACAAAAACUUUUUCCACUUUUCAUAAUCUACAUCUCGACCUGAGGAAAGCAAGAAGGCCAAGCUGAGCAUCAGUAGUGAUAAGGAGAUCUAUAUCGUGCAGGUAAGGAAAGCCCUACGACUUCUACAGGCUCUACCCGACCAGCUAGACAGCAGCCACUGAAAUAACUUUCAGAGGAACACAGUGACUGCGUGCCCUCGGAGACCGUCUCAGCCUAACGCACCGGGUGUAGGACAGACGUGCUGUCUGGCCACACAACCAGGACAAGUCCUGGCCCACGGACCUGACGGACCUCAGCAAAACUGCCAUGCUUCAGUCAUGUUUAAGCACAGCCAGCCAAACAGCAGAAAGAAAACACAAGCAUGUGUGUUUAAAGCAAUUCCACUUGUACAUACAUCAGAUAUGAUGACUACGACUACAGUGGGAGCAAAAUUCAGAAAUAGAAAGUGCUGUAAGGAAUCUGCUUAGCUGCAUCCGAAGGCAUAGCAGCCCUCAAGCACAUGGAAAUCCCAACAGCUCUCCCACCGUGGUACCUCAGCCUGGUACUAGUGCUUCCUUUGGGGUUGGCCAGGCUGUUAGUAGGCCAAACACAGUUCAGCAAGAAAUGCAAAGAUAACCAAAGUACUUCUUCAGGAGUACCCAAAGUUGCAAAACUUAAGAGGUGGUUGGCUGCUCCAAAAAGCCUCAGGGGCAGUGGACAAAGGAAAACAACAUCUCUGGCCCAGGAUUCCCAGGGCUACACAGCAAAAAUAUUGAAGACGUCCUCUAACAACAGGAAGAAUGUCAUCGUCCCCCUCCAAGAAGAAAUCGAUAUAACCCCGUUGCCAUAUAAUGCACCUGAAUUUCAUAACAUGCCCAAAAACAUCUGCAUGACCUGUGGUAUAUCAGUCCCAUUACAGUUGCUGCCAUGUCACCUUGAGGAUUGUCAAAGUAAUAAUGCGAUAGAAUCUGAACCUGACAAGGAAAAAGAAAAUGAAGAGGCCCAUGGACUGAGCCAUGAGUCAGAUGUAAUUUGUCUGGAUGCCUGUCCGAUAUGUGGAGAAGAAUUUUCUGCAGAAGUGAUGCCUUACCAUGCCAGUACAUGUGGAGAAAGUUUCCCUGAGAUUUUCCCCUCGAUUAUGGAUGGAAACUCUGUUGAUGAAACUGCCUCAUUACCAUCCCAAAGCACUACUUUCCAACUUGAUCCUGAUCAUUUAACACCUGGGCCAUCAGUUUCAGCUGAAAGUGCACCUUCAAUGUGUGAUGAUUGGAAGAGGAUUGAGCUUCCAGAAAGGGCAGCUAUACAGUACAGGCGGCGUGCACUUCGACAAAAAGAAGAUGAGCCCCCACUGAAAGUAAGAAUUGAUAUUAGAGAAGACAUGGAGGACCAGGAGGGGAGAAUAAUACAUUUUUACAAGGUCCCCAAAAUUGAUUGGACUAGACCUCUUCAAAGCCGAUUGGAAGGGGAUGUUGCCACUGGGGAUGGUGUUCAGCGCCAUUUUUUUCAGCAUGGUGAUGCACAAGCUGCAGAAUGGAUUCCUCUUUAAUGUCGGAAAUGGAAACGGAACUGCAUUAUUUGAAGGGCAAGCUGACCACCUUAUCCCAUCUACUUCCCAAGUCCUUUUGCAGAGUAACUUGUUUGUGAUGGCAGGCAGGAUUAUUGGUCAUUCUUUCCUCCAUGGUGGGCCUUCAUUAGCAGGUGUGAGCCCAGCAAUUGUACAUGUAUUAUUAGGUGGCUCCCCACAAACAGCAACCAUCACAAUUGAAGAUGUGGCUGACAUCGACAUUAGGGAGACAAUACAGAUGCUUGCUGUAGGUGAUUUAAAGAAUGAUUUUACUGAGGAUCAAAAGGCAGCCAUUAACCAACUGGCAAUGUCUUGGGACCUUCCAGUGUUGACUACAACCAACCGCACUUGGCUGUUACACAAUCUUCUUCAGCAUGCAGUGCUGACAAGAACCUGGCGACAAGUAAAACAACUCAGACAAGGACUGAAGGAGUCAAUGGUAUGGCAGUUAUUGGAGGCCCGACCUGAUGUGGCAUCUGUGAUAUUUCCAAGACAGUCAAUGGCUGACUGCAGUACACAGGUUCUCUUAAACAACAUCAACUGGCCCAUGGAAGAUGAAGAGGGGGACAAUGAACCCCCAUUUACCACCCAGUGCAGAAUUUCAGGGUACCUUAGGAAGUUUGUUGAGACUGCUGAUCAAUGUAAAUUGAAACAGCUUGUCAAAUUCUGGGUGGGCUGGGAGCUACCAAUGAAGGAAAUGCAGGUGAAAGUGGUGCAGGCAGAAAACCCUACAUCCUCCACCUGUUUUUGCAUUCUUCGUCUACCAGCUCAUUACACGACUUAUGACCAUUUCAAAAAACACCUAGAAAGCUGUAUUGCCACUAGUGAUGUUGGUUUUGGCCUUGUAUAAAAUUACAUAAACGGCUUUAAAUUGAAAAUAUCAAAGUGAAACGAUAAUUUCAGACAUUAAGACAUUUUCAUGUUUGUUUUACUGUAAAUGUCAAAAUAGGUAAAAGGAACCGUUUUAGAAUGUUUAGCUGUUGCAGUGUUUUACUUAUUAUGAUGCUUUUGUGUAAUUAAAUAACCCAGACUGUUUAUAUUCAUGUGUUCAAAUAAUACUGUUAAUUGUUAACUUAACAUUUAAACUUUUUUUGAGACAGCUACAGUUGGAGUAAGACAAAAGUCUGCUUAAAGUGAAUACAUUUAUUUUGUCUUCUACAGUAAAAUAUCAAAACAGAA